UUGAGUGCUUCGUAUAAUUUGGAGGGGAAAGGCCUUCUGUUCCCUCUAGUUUCUAAGUAUCUCUAGCCGAUAUCUCAUCCAAUCUUGAAGAAAAACUAAACUUGCUCGAAGAGGUUUUCGAUCUCACAUAGGUUUCUCUGAGGGCUUCUGCAUGCCUACCCUGCAAAUCUGUGCAGUGGAGAAAGUGGAGAAGCAUCCUGCGAAGUGUGCAACUAUUACUUUCAUUCCUGGGGCAUUUCUCUUCGAGAUGAUCAUGGUACAAUUUGAUUCAGUUUCAACUUUCCAGGGUAACAAGGGCCUUGGCUUGACAUGGCGCUUUUGCAACAAUGAUUUUCAUGUUAGUAAUCAUAUUCUAAAGUACGGAUGAUGCAGUUUUUCAACUGAAAGUUCACAUAUAGGUCUGUAAUUAAACCUCUGAAUAAGUACUAGUUUUUUACUGUUUUCCUUGAGGACGUAUGCAGUCUUAAUGCCCAAUACUGUUCAAAAUUUGUUCGGAAUCGGGAGAGGGUCCAGUUAGACCACAAUAAUACCUAAAUUUCCCUACUUUUAUUCUGAUAAUAAAAACUUGCUGUGGUAAAUAUGGGACUGUAGUUGAUGCAAUCACUAACGAACAUUUUGGCUAGAUGUGGACUAAGUAAAUGAAUGGUGUAUGGACGAUAGUGGCAGGCACAUCCUUUAUUCUGAUUCAUCUGUCUACGUUGAUUAAACUUGAUAAGAAAAGCUUUGAGAUUGAGAGAAUUGAAUGUUGUGGGUGACAUUGACAAGGACUAAAAUCUGUUGAAUUUGUGUAGGUAGAACUGGGGAUUUCAAAAUCAAGAACGAAGAAGAAACCAUGCAUGUUGAUUGACGUUGCUGUUAAAGCUGUUUUGGUAUAAAGAAGAAUGGUUGGUCAUCUCAGUCGUGUUAGAUUGUAUAGACGAAUGGUUGGUUGCCGACAAUGGUUUUAGUUCAGCUGUGGUUUGGAUGUACAAAUUGCUGUCGUUUUCUUUGCUUUAGUUUCAGAUUUCCGACUUUAAAACUAGCUUUUAACGUAAUACCAAUUUUCCCAUAAGUUCAUACUUCAUAAUUUAAAUUGCAAUUUCUUCCCAUGGUUGCCACACGCCAUUCCAUUCCUGUUAAAACCUCAGUUGGUGUCUGGUAUUGGUAUUGUAUGGAAAAGGUCCAAAUACAAUUGUUAUACUUCC